UCAUCCAGUCGCUUGUGGGAGGUUUAGAUUAGGCGUCAUUCUUGAUCAAAAUUGGAGUGGUUUUCUGCUCCUGGCACGCUCGCGCAUUUUUUUUCAUCACAUGCAAACUUUUGUUAAGACUCUGUUUCUCUUGCGUCUUGGAGAAAAGUGCUGCAACAGAGGGCCUAGGUUCUAAGGAGCAAAAACACUUGAUGUACGUAGUUGCUCGGCGAACUCCAAGGCCAUCGCGGUCAUUGCGCAAAUAUGUUUUGAUAUCGGGGCUUGUUGUAUCGUUUAGGUUUUCAUUUUGGGACUCGGGUAUAGGUCUUUCGGUUCAAGUUGGUUUCUUGCCAACUUGGCUCUUUUUUACUUCCGGGUCUUGGGUGGCUAGCUUUGUGCCGGUUCGUCCCGGAUCCAUUUAAUCUUUGUCUAUCGAUUCGCAGAUUAAUUUCUGAAUUAAUCUCUUGUACUCUACUUUAAUUAUUCCCCCUCGAUCGCUUUCACUUAGGCUUCAUCCCCACUUGCUCCACUAAUCACUACUAUAUAUCAUUCUUCCCUCUAUAUAUUCCUUCUUUCUCUUCUUCAAUUUUCCCCACCCUUUGCAACCACCUUGAUCACUAUCUUUCCAGUUUUGUCAACUCUCUCUCUCUCUCAAUGGCGAGUAACCUUAAGGUUUGGUUAAUGGUGUCAUUCAUAUUAUUGCCAUUGGUUUUUGGUGUGCCACAAGUGCCUUGUUUAUUUAUCUUGGGAGACUCAUUGUUUGAUAAUGGAAAUAAUAACGACCUUGUAACCGAGGCAAAAGCCAAUUACCCACCUUAUGGCAUAGAUUUCCCCCAAGGGCCUACCGGAAGGUUUUCUAACGGCAAAAACAUGGCGGAUUUUAUCGCUGAAUUUCUAGGGUUUGGCAAGCCUAUUCCACCAUUUGCAAGUACUACUGCAACAGAUGAUCAGGAGAUACUCAUGGGCGUAAAUUACGCAUCUGGUGCAGCUGGGAUUCGCGACGAAACCGGACACCAACUGGGGGAUCGUAUUAGCCUGAAAAGACAGCUGUUAAAUCACCAAACUAUUGUAUCGCGCAUUGCCUUUGGACUUGGAAGUAAAGAAGCAGCUGCAGAUUACCUGAGCAAGUGCAUAUAUCUGGUUAAUAUUGGUAGUAACGAUUACAUAAACAACUACCUAAUGCCACAAAAUUACGCUACAAGUGCGUUGUAUAGCCCAGAUCAAUAUGCCGAUGUUCUUAACCAACAAUACUCGAAACUGUUGAAGAUUUUGUAUAACGAAGGCGCAAGAAAGAUAGCUCUGUUCGGACUCGGUUUGAUCGGUUGCAUUCCGGCUGAAAUAGCUAAUUAUGGUGCCAAUGGAUGCGUGGACACGGUUAAUAAGGAUGUGCAGCUCUUUAACAAUGGGCUUGACUCGCUGGUGAAUGAUCUUAAUCACGACCUUGCGGAUGCCCAAUUUAUCUACAUCAAUGUGACUGAAAUUUCAUCCGGCGAUCCGUCUGUUUUUGGUAUAACAGUUACAAAUGCUCCUUGUUGUAUUGUUUCGACAACCAUAGCGAAGGGACAAUGCGCUCCGAACCUAGUUCCAUGCGAUAACCGUAGUAAGUAUGCGUUCUACGAUGGAUUUCAUCCGACUCAAAGCGCGGGUGAACUCCUAGCUGCAGGAGCAUAUACUUAUCUACCUCCAUUGAUAUUAUAAACUUUCUAGCUUAACACUAUGAAGGGGCCUUAUUCAUAAUAAUCCUCUGUUUUUAGGAUGAAAGAUGUAAUAAUCACAAUUAUUACAUGCUUCAGUUGUUGUUGUACUAAUGAAUAUAACAUUGGCUAAAACAUUGCCUGGUUUCGAAUAAAAGGUCCAUAUGCUUCUACAAGAGA